UGUCCUGUCGCGCUGUGUUGGUUUCGCUAUGGAAGACGUGUGGGUAGAUUUCAGUCCAGUUUAUUUGCUUUCUCUCGUCACUUCAGCAUUUGUAGUAUUCGUUACGGCUGUUUUUGCGUACAAAACAUCGAAGUACGGCUGCUUUAUAAGGCAAAACAAAACAGGACGAAGUACUGUUGGCCCUGGUCUUGAUGAGUUAUCUGAUGAGGAGCAGAUGUCUGCAAAACCCCAGGCAGCCAAGGCAGCCGAGUCAUUAAUUGAGGCUACAAUGACUGAAGAGCAGAAGACAUUGGAAAAAGAGGCUCAGCGGAAGCAGCUAGAAGAAAUCUAUCGACUUAUGGCAGCACACAGUGACAAGUUUGGAGACACUUCAAUGGAGGACAUUGUGAACCAAAUGGCAUUGUAUCGAUGAUGGGCAGCUGGGAAAAAUUUUCUGACACCAUGUGUGUAUGUGAAUUCACUGUUGAACACCUUAUUUUGCUCUGUUAAUGCAUAACUCAUGCCUAUAUUUUAACUAGUCAUGUCUGUAGUUUCUCUGUUGUUCAUUAAGUCAUAACUUUUGCAUAAAAGCAAUUGUAUUGCUAUGUAUACAACUACAUUCCAUCCACUUUGAUAGCUUUUCUUUCUGUGCAAAGCCAGGUCACCUAAAACAUUACACUACCACAGUCAUAAUGGCACAAAAUAAUACAAAAGCAUUUUGUGAAUAUUCUUUCUUCUGCAUAAGUGGCACUCCACUGAUGGCAAUAUACUGAAAAAUAGCUUUGUGUACAUGCUGUGUAACAUGCACUGUCUUUGCAUCAUUUGCCAUUCAGCUGGUUGAUAGCUAAAGUCAUUGCAUCUAAGGUCUGCUUGUGAGACACGAGAACUUGUCACAGCUGUAGCACAAUUUUAAUACUAACUACAUGCAGUUUGAACCACUAGCAUUGUAUGCAGCGGUAAAAGAUGUCAUAACCACUUUGCCUACUGCAUGUAGCACACAUACUUGAUGUUGCUGAAGUUAUAAAAACAUGUGCACUUGUGGCAUAAUUCUAUCUAACUUAGUCAUAACUAGGAAUUUGUUUUAGGAAUGAGUGUUUCCAGCAUUGUUUGCCCAUAUGCAUAUUAUGCUGGUAUUCUUGUGUUCCUCAGUUUUGUGCCAUACUUUUCUUGGUUACAAAGGCUAAUCCCAUCAUUUGCUUAUACUCGGUAUGUUUUUUUUUUUUUUUUCACUGGCUGAAAAUGCUCUUGGCAGUGCCUAGAAUACAUUUUCUGGUUUCUUAAAAAAGGAUUGGUUCCAGUAUGGUACGGCAAAUGUUAUGUGACGUGGCAUGGACACUAAGCCAAAAUGUGCAAGUCUUAUUACACUCAUUGCAUGCAUGUUAUAUGGCAUUGUGUAACAAAUUGAUGUCCUAAACUUCUCAUGAAUAUUUGGCACCAUUUAAACAGCUUCUGAAGUUGCUGUAAUUUGCAGUCAUUGAAUUUUACAAAUAAAUUGUUGCACCUUUCA